AUGCUCGUGCCUCCGCCAAACUUUGGCAUGGUGGAAGAAAACUUAUAUCGUUCAGGCGCUCCCGAUUUGCUCAAUUUACCUUUUUUGGAAACCUUGGCUUUGAAAAGUAUCAUUUGGCUUGCACCUGAAGAACCAGAAGAAGCAUUCGUCGAUUUCUGUCUCUCUCACGAGAUAAAGUUGCAUCACCUUGGCGUUUUGUACAGCACAAAUUCUUGGGAUCCAAUCACGGAAGAUAUUGUGCUAAAAGCCCUUCAUCUGCUCGUUCAACCAUCAACGUAUCCGGUUUUGGUAAUGUGCAAUCUAGGCAGACAUCGUACAGGAACAGUGAUUGGAUGUUUGCGUAAAUUGCAAAAAUGGUGCUUGUCCGCCAUUCUGGAAGAAUAUAGAAGGUAUGCUGGACAAAAAGUUCGCGUGAUGAACGAACAGUUCAUCGAAUUAUUCGACGAAGAGUUGGUCUUUGGCUGAAUACUACGCCAUCGCUGUAUUUGUAUGAUACCCUGUUUGUCAUAUGUUUGCUCUACAAUAUGCAUCUGUAAUUUUAAUGUUUCACAUAUUUCAAACAUUGAGGACGAUUCUGUAGGGAAACUUUUUCGUAUUUCAUUUUACCGCAUCUCUUAACAACACAUAAGGCAUACAAGUGG